AUGCUUCAAGAGAACCCUGUUAUUAUGGACAUAUCCGAUUCCGAGGAAAUGUACCCGAGUAAUGGUGCCCUCCAUGGUUCUGAGGACACCGUACCCAAUAACAAAACCACUGAGGCGUUGCUUGAGCGAAAGAAGCAGUAUGAUGUAAGUUACGUAAGGCUGAGAAUGUUUGUCGAGCGGCUGUGGGGACCCCAGAACCCAUACAGCCCAACGGAGCGGGAUCGUGCCUCACUGUUCAAAGAUUUGUUCUACGGAUGGAUCUACAAGACGAUGAAGAUUGCGGUAAAGGAAAACUUACACGAGGAAGUGCUGCCACCGCCGCCGUACGAGUGCCGUGCGCGUAUGUGUGGUAUGAAGCUAUCGUCCGCUGUCCAGGAUAGGUUGUACGUGCGCAAUGCAUGGAGCUGCCUGUUGGGUGCCGAAGUCGUAAGCCGCCUGGACCCGAUGAGCAGGGGGACGCUGAGGUGGGUUGGGGUGCCGCAGCAGGGCGGUUACACACGGCUGAUGGCAGGUGUUGAAUGGAGGGUAGUUCCGGCUGUACGCCUCGCGCAGCACUCGACGAACGCCGAGCAGACACCGCUCUUCGACGGUGUAGUACAUGGUGAGCAUCUUUUCAACCCAACGCGACCACAGAUGUCAACACUCGAGGAGUGCGCAGACAUAGAGUUUGUGUUUGCGCCGCGUUCAACGGGGUUUGGGAAGACCAUCCCCAUGCCAAAGCAGCUGACCACUUUCAGAACUCUGGUUAAAGUGUUGCCAAGGUUUUUUUGGUGUCAGUUCCCACUGAAGUUGACUAGUGAUAUCCUAACACUCAUCAUACCGUUCAUUUUGAAGCACUAUGUGAAGUUUUUGGAAGCGAACGACGGGGACAUGUGGAUGGUUGGCGCGGCUUUAGCGCUUUGUCUCUUUCUCGUGCAGCUUCUUCAAAGCUGCGCGUUGAAUAGGUAUUAUUACCGGAGUAUUGAGUGCGGCCUGCAGUAUCGUUCAGCCUUGUCUAUGCUCCUUUUUGAGAAGUGUUUCCUGAUUUCAAAGAAGGCCAUGUCACAUCCCAAGGUCAACGUGGGUCAUAUCGUCACUCUUGUCAGCACUGAUGUCGAGAACGUGAAUUUAUUCAUGCAACAUUUCAUGUAUUUGUGGAGCUCUCCAUUCGUUCUCAUCGUGGCGAUUGUUCAAAUGAGCCGGCUGGUAGGAGUGUGCUGUCUGAUGGCUGUCGUUGUUUUUCUUGUGUCGCUUCCGUUUAUGACGUUUUUGACGAAGUGGCAAGUCCAGGCAUCUCGUAAGCGUGUCGUGGCGACCGACGAACGUGUGAAAGCGACGAAUGAGUUCUUCUCUGGCAUUCGGGUAGCCAAAUUUGUGACGUGGGAGGCCAAGUUUAUCAGUAAAAUCGAGGCGAAACGGGCCACUGAGGUUUACUAUUUGAAGCAGGUUCAACUCAACCGAAUUUUGCUAUCCUUUCUGAAUACCUGCACCCCAACGUUGAUGAUUGCAAGCGUCUUUGUGCUGUAUAGCGCAUUGGGGAAUGAGCUCACACCAACAGUUGUCUUCCCUACAAUAGCCCUGUUUGGACUUCUACGUAUGCCUUGCAUGAUGAUACCAUUUAUCGUUAACAGCGCGGCCCAAUUCAUUGUGUCCAUUGAGCGUAUUACGGGGUUUCUUGGGUGCAGUAAUGAGGAAUUGUCCGCCGUCAAAAGCAUAGAGGACUAUUACCAACAGCCGAGGGAAAGACGCGACUUCAUGUCGCAACUGGCUGUCGUGUUUGAGUACGCAAGCGUCACGGCAUACGUCCCGAGGAAGCUGCCAGAAGCACCUAAAGUAAGAAUGUCAAUGCUGCGGAGGCUGGGCCGGCUGUUGUGCAGCGAGCCAUACAAGCCGGCGAAGCGCCAUCCUCGCCCUUCAACGAUCCUGAACGAUGCUGAGCCUGUGUCGCCUUUGAUGGGUCCUGAGACAUCUAAUGGUGCUGGAAAGCAGAAAAAGUCAGCCCAGCCGAAGGGUUACUUCGAGGUUUUACCGAAGGUGUUGCUGCACAAUGUGAGCCUUCAGGUGCCGAUGGGCAAGCUGACGAUGGUGCUCGGCCCAACAGGGUGUGGUAAGUCAACACUGCUGCAGGCUAUAUUGGGCCAGCUUGAGGUGAGCGAGGGACGGGCAUGGACAGUCAAGAAUAUAGCUUAUGUCCCACAGCAGCCCUGGAUAAUGAACGCGUCGCUACGUGAAAACAUCUUGUUCUUCGCGGAGGAGACUGAGCGUCUUGCAGAAGCAAUUCGCGUGUCCCAAUUGAAGCCUGAUAUAGAACUCUUGGACGACGGGCUGGAGACGGAGAUUGGCGAGAAGGGUGUGAACCUGAGUGGCGGGCAGAAGGCGCGCGUGAGCCUUGCUCGAGCUGUGUACGCGGACCGCGAGAUGUAUUUGUUAGACGAUCCCUUGUCUGCGCUGGAUGCUCAUGUUGGGGAGAGGGUGUUGACGGAGUGUAUCUUGGGCACGCUUGCCGGUAAAACACGCAUUCUAACUACUCACCAGUGGCAUACCGUCCAAAAAAGUGACUAUGUCAUUGUGUUGGACGAUCGGCAUGUGGUAUUCUCCGGGGAGAGUGCCGAGUUUAUGGAGUCCGAGAUAUACAGCAGCCUCGUCAAAGGGAACAUUCAACAGGACGAGGAAAAUGCCGAGGAGGAAAUGACUAAAGGGACCCCGGAGUCGAGGAAGAAUGUGAUGAAUGAUGUGAUGGAUUCCGUGCCCGAUGGCCACGCUGAUCGCCAAUCUAAACACGCUGACAACGGCCGUGGGGGUCUCAUAACAAAAGAAGAGAAGGCAAAGGGUUCUGUUCAGUGGAGCAUCUACAUGAGCUACGCUUUGUUUUGCGGCGGCAAGCAUAUUGCGGGCCUUAUGGCUAUGAUGUAUGCAAUAACUGAGAUCCUCAAUGUAUCUGCCUCUGUGUGGUUGUCUUUCUGGUCAACUAACCUCUUUGGUAUGAGGCAGUCAUCUUACCUUACCUUUUAUAUUGUGUUCAUCAUUCUUGGCAUAGUGGUUACUCCACUGCGUUUUGCCAUGGCCUUUAAUGCCGCACGUCGCGGCUCUGUUAGCAUGCAUCGCGCGAUGUUAAGAGCACUGUCGACAUGCACGAUGGGCUUCUUCGAUAGCACGCCGCUCGGCCGCAUCCUGAACCGAUUUUCCCGCGAUGUCGAUGUAACUGAUAAUCAACUGCCCCUUUCGAUGAUCAUGGCCUCGAGUACAAUAUUUGCCAUUAUUUCCUCUACACUUAUCACGAUAGUGGCUCAACCUGUCGCGUUGGUUGCACUGGUGCCCUGUGGGUACAUCAACUACCGAAUGAUGAAGUUCUACAACGCUGCGAACCGUGAGAUCCGUCGCACCAGCAGUAUUGUGAAGUCGCCGCUUUUCUCAUUAUUGGGAGAGGUGCUGGGGGGUACCUCGAUCAUCUGCGCGUAUGGCCGCGAGGGUGCGAUCAUGCGAGAGGCCCUACGGCGCAUUGAUCUGGUCUACUCCUGUAAUUCUCUCGAGAACACCGCUAACCGUUGGCUGGCCGUGCGAAUAGAGUUUUUGAGUAACGUCGUUGUCACAACCAUUGCGACGGCGGGCGUGUUCAUGGUGGCGUCAGGCCAACUGAAGGACAAUAUCGGUAUAGUAUCGCUUUCGCUGACACUUGCUUUACAAACAACAGCUCAGUUGAUUUGGUUGGUGCGUUGUGUUGCCUCUGUAGAAGCGGAUAUGAACAGUGUGGAGCGUAUCAUUUACUACACGCAGGAAACACCGAAAGAGGAUAUGCCGGAGUUGGAUGCGGAGGUGGACGCGUUAGCGAAGCGUGAGAAUUCAAAGACUAACAAACAGGCUCAGGACGUCACGGUGGAGGCCCAUGCCUUGCCGGUGACACCAGAUUAUGAGGUGCAAAGUGGUUCGCUGGAGCUCCGCAACGUUGACUUGCGAUAUCGAGAGGGGCUGCCGCUCGUGCUACACGGCGUCAGCUUUCGCAUCGAGCCAGGAGAGAAGGUCGGUAUUGUGGGUCGGACCGGUAGCGGUAAGUCAACGCUGAUGUUGGCUUUCAUGAGGUUGGUGGAUAUUAGCGGUGGGGAAAUAAUUGUGAACGAUGCGCCGAUCCGCUCUUUCCCAGUCCGGAAACUGAGGCAACUGUUUUCUAUGAUUCCGCAGGAUCCUCUACUGUUCGAGGGGACUGUGCGGCAGAACCUAGACCCCUUUCUGGAGGCAUCCGACAAGGAGUUGUGGCACGCGCUGAAUCUUGUUGGUAUGCACACACGGAUCUCAAACGAGACCGAGGGCCUCGACAGCCGCGUUCAGGAAGGAGGCACAAAUUUUAGUGUCGGUCAGCGUCAGCUGCUGUGCAUGGCGCGUGCGGUACUGAAGAAGAACAGCAGGUUUAUUCUGAUGGACGAGGCCACCGCGAAUAUCGACCCGGAGAUGGAUCAAUAUAUCCAGGGCACAGUGAUGAGGACAUUCGCGACGUACACUGUGAUCACGAUUGCUCACCGGUUGCAAACGGUUGCACAGUAUGACAAGAUCAUCGUAAUGCAAAAUGGCAGAGCGGCGGAAAUAGGUAGUCCGUAUAAUCUUGUAAACAGACAAGACUCAAUUUUUCGAGGCAUGGUGGAGUCAAUGGGAUCCUCUGCCUCCCGACUAUUUAUGGAGACCACCAAUGCAUCUAAUUCAAUGCAACGUUAA